AUGGCUCUGUUAAGUUUAUUCCUAGCACAAUUUUCCGGCGUUCUUGGACAAACACCUGGAUGCUAUUCUUGUAUCCCUCAUUUAAACGACAUCUACUGGGUUGCCGUUUCCAAACCACCAUGUCUGCAUCCGGGUCAGCCAAUAUUCGAAUGGUCAACAGGGAUGAGUUGUUCACAAUUACAUGACGUGCAUUCUGACCAAAUUUCCGUAGAUGAGUCGGGUUUGAUAUACGCUAAACAAAAAUUCUGCUUCUAUUCCACUUUUGUAUUUAUCAACUACUCUAUCGAGUGUGGGGAGAAACGACUCACGGGUCGAUUCAAACUUGGUCACCCUGUGUUUUCGAAGCAAAGGCGAUUCAAACGCUGGCUAAGGAGGAGAAAUCCCGACCCAACCACCAUUCAUUUCCAGCAAGCCAGCUACAUCAAACAACUUGCUGAGUCUGUACCUCCUGGAACUCUUGUGGAGACAGUGAAUGCCACUCAUGCUGCCGACCAGCCAAUCUACUACUCACUGGCUGUCCCUCAGGAUUCAAGAUCUCAGAAUAUCUUCACUCUCGAUACGAUUUCUGGUGAAAUUCGUCUCGCUAAGCCUCUGGAUCGUGAAAUUCUCGACAAGCAUGUGUUGAAGGUGACCGCAUACGAGAGACUGGAUCCUACGGUGUCUUCCAGUGCCACAGUGAUAGUUGAUGUACUUGAUGUGCAGGACAACAGCCCAGUUUUCGAGAAGGAUUCCUAUUUUGCCGAUAUUCGUGAAGAUGCACCGAUUGGAACCACUGUGUUAUCGGUAUUCGCGAGAGACCUUGAUGCUGGACAAAAUGGGGAAAUCGUUUACAGCUUGGGUGAAGGCGAGGGACAUGAGCUAUUGUCAAUCAAUACAAAGUCGGGAGUGAUUCAAACAGCGGCUUUUCUAGACAGAGAAACUCUCCCAUUGAUAAGGCUCGACGUCAUCGCUACCGAUCGAGGAGACCCUCCGAGAUUGAGCACGGCGCUGAUAGAGAUUGGCAUAACAGAUGUGAACGACAAUGCCCCAAUGUUCGAACAAGAAUUCUACAACAUCACUGUUAUGGAGAAUGUUACCCUACCAACUACAGUAGCAUACGUCAGGGCCACAGACAAGGACAAUGGGGUCAAUGGCAAAGUACACUACAGCAUUGUUACUACAUCUUCUGUUCCGCUCACAAUCGACUACUCCACGGGCGAGGUUGUGCUUCGCGAGCGCCUAAGCGUCCGAAGUUCCCCGAUAGCCGUCCUGGUGAGGGCGAAAGAUGGUGCACAGCCGGCCCUGAGCACUAUGGUCACCCUUCUUCUCUACGUCAUCGACAUCAAUGAUCACGCACCCAUGUUCAUUGCUUCGCAGAAGAAAAUUUUUCUUGAGGAAAACAUGGCUGUUGGAGAUGAAGCUGGCAGAGUAUACGCUAUUGAUGAAGACUCUGGAGACAACGGAGUCGUCAGAUACUCUCUCAAUAGAUCUCUUGAUUUUUACAUCGAUCCAGAGUCGGGUGUAAUACGAACGGCAACCUCACUUGAUCGGGAGAGGACGGCAGAGUAUGAACUUAAGGUCUGCGCGAAUGACCUAGGGAGUCCGUCUCUCUUUUCAUGCACCCAAAUCACUGUUGUUGUAAAAGAUGUGAAUGAUAACGCUCCAAAGUUCUCCCAGCAGGAGUACAACAUUAGUCUCUCCGAAGAAACGCCUCGAGGCAGUCAAAUCAUCACUCUAAAAGCUGACGAUGAGGUGAUGCUCGGCUCUAUUUUGCUCUUUGUUGCAGCCUUCUUCAUUGAUGCCGAGCAGAAAAUCGUGUAUCGAAUUGAACAAAUCGACAAAGAUGUGGUUUCCUUAAUUGACCUUGGUGAGCAGGGUGCACUACUAACAGUAUCUGGGAAACUACAUAGCAGUGACCACAUCAUAAAGCUCGAAGUGUCUGCAACCGAUCAGGCGAAAGACUCGGACCGAGGCGUGAAUGCUCACCUGACCUAUUCGAUUGAUUCUGACGUUUUCCUUGUUAACAACAAGACAGGACUUGUCACUCUGAAGGAACCGUUAGAUCGUGAGAUGAAAUCGAGUUACCUGGUCACGGUGACCGUCAGCGACGCAGCCGUUCCUCCACUAAACAGCACCAUGCACUUGGAAAUAAUCGUAGACGACGUAAAUGACAAUGCACCAAAGUUCUCCAAAGGAAACUACACAGUUUCGAUUCCUGAGGAUAUACCAGUAGGUACAUCUUUCACGCAGGUUUCGGCCAUGGAUCUAGAUGUUGGAAAUAACGGAAUCGUUGACUAUUUUCUCAACAAUUCCGACUCUUCGUUCACAUACGAUCUCUUUCGUUUGGACCGAACAUCCGGCACUCUACGGGUCAACUCGAAGCUUGACCGAGAACAGCACUCGAUUAUCGAGCUCAGGGUCUUCGCACGAGAUCGUGGGAAACCUCUGCUCACAUCAACGUGCCUGAUCACUAUUAUUCUAACUGAUGUCAACGACAACGCUCCCAUAUUCGAUCAGUCCUCCUACGAUCUCUACAUCGCCGAAAACUCACCAAUUGGAAGCACAGUCGGAACAAUAAUGGCAUCGGACCCUGAUGAAGGUGAAAACGCUCGAAUUCAGUUUAAAAUUUUUGGUGGGACUGAUGCGAAACUGUUCGGUCUCGAAACUAAUGACAAUCAGCCUGAAGUGGUGAAGAUCCUCACCCGUUCUGAAUUUGAUUACGAAGCGAAAAACACCAAUUUCUACUUAGAAGUGCAAGCCACAAGCGGUCAGCUGAGUUCCACCGUUGUUGUACGAGUCCACGUCUCCGAUGUGAACGAUAAUCGGCCGAUUCUGAACGACUUCAUUGUAUUGAUCAAUCGCUUCGAAUCUGAAACAUCGAUCACUGACAUCGGAAUGAUGCCAGCAUUUGAUCCGGACCAGAACGCCACACUCGAGUACUACAUGGAAGAGAAUCAACUGAUCACCGUUGAAAAGUUCACUGGGAAAUUAGUUCUAAAAAGCCAAUGGAAACGAAAUAUUGAUACUCAGAUUAAAACCUGCGUAUCUGGUGGGUUUCUUCACGAUGUUUUUUCGCGUCUUCUUAGGUCUACGAUCUAUACGGUCUAUAGAACAUUUUUAGGUAGUGAAUUUACCUCUCCACAAUCAGUUAGUGACGGUCAUAUAUGUAGCAAAAAUUUAGAUGGUCCGAAUACCGUAUGUUCAAUGUGUCGUUUCAUUCACGUAUAUCUCACACGAGAUUCGUUACAUGAAGCUGCCACCAUUCUCUUACCGAGAAUUACUUUAGACGAUUUCUGGGACCCCCCACUCUUCAACAGAUUCAGGCAGUCUUUAGCAACGUUAGAUACUUGGGAGGAGCAGAAAAUUUUUGUCGUAGGCGCUCAAUAUGUGGCUGGAGGUGUUGAAGUCAAUGUGGUCGUCAGCGACAGAGGACACAUUGUCAAAUCAUGGAGAGUGGAGGAUCUACUACGAUCAGAGAUUAUGCGAAUUGAGCGCUUAUCACUAAUAAAAGUUGAGGUGAUUAGAGACGAAAGCUGUGCAAGAGAGCCUUGUCCGUACUACCAGAGGUGUAGACAGACGCUCAAGCAUGUGAAUGCCUUUGAGGUCUACCAGACUGAUAGCUUUGUGGCAAGGACGUUGAAAACGUUAAAGACAUUUGUGUGUGAGUGUCCUCCUGGAUUCGCCAGUGAGUGCUAUUUGGUUUUCAAGCAGUUUUCAUGUUCUGUGGAUUUGCCCGGACAGUGCGAUUUACGCGUGGAUCAGUGCUACAGUAAUCCAUGUCGCAACAAUGGCACCUGUCAUCCACUCGAAAAUGGACACAGAUGCGAGUGCCAACCCGGAUGGCGAGGCGAAGAUUGCACGAUCGCACUUGCUUCUCUAACUUGCAUUCCGGGAUACUGCAGAGGUAACUCGAUUUGCGAACUUGUCGGGCAGCUAAUGAAAUGCAAGCAUUGUGGAUAUGAUGCUACGGAUUCCGAUGAACGGUGUAGACUUCGCUCUCUCGGUUUCACCGGAAAGGGACUCGUCAACAUCAACAAGGAAUUAACGAGACUGGAAUGGCAACUUUCAUUCAGAGUAGCGACAAUAGCUCGAGAAGGUGUCAUUCUCUUCUCCGGUGAUCAAAAUUCGGACUUUAUCGAGGUUUCCAUUCAAGACCGAAUUCUGCGAGCCGAAUUCUCGCUCGGUGGGAAGCCAAAGGCGGUUCGGUUGGAAAAUGAACGAAGGAAUCGCAUAAAUGAUGGCGAAUGGCAUACCAUCAACGUGAUAUACUACGAAAGGCAACUGACCCUUCUUCUGGACGACUGCGAUGCGUUCGUCGCACUUUACGCGCAUGGUGCGGCUCCAUGUGCUGCCCAAGUGAGAAUUGACCUGGCCGCCAAAUGUGUAGACCUAUCUGUGCCAUGUUUCCGAUUUCUUGACGUAUACAAUGGGAUUUACAUAGGAGGGCGUCCGUCAACUUCUGGAAAAGUGCAGCACGGUUUUAAUGAAAUGUUGUUUGAAAACCGUCGUGUGAUGCUCCACGUGAAAUUUUUUGUGGUGGUAAUGAGUAGAGAUAAUGUAACAUUGCCUACUUCAGACUUAUCACUUGCUCACUAUCAAUCUCUAACACUCACGGAUGAGGAGUCGUUCGUUAUCUAUCGUCCCGAAGAAGUAAUCGUUCCAUUCACGCUCUCCUUCGAAUUUCGCAGUUCUAGGAACGAUUUGCAAGUCGUUGUGGCUGAAUUCAAACGUCGAAGCACGUUCUUGAAGAUUGAGGUUUCUACUGUUCUGUUCUAG